AUGGAGCCCAGCGGCCCGGGCACGGGGACCGGCGUGGAAGGCGCGGCGGGCGACCCGUACCAGCGACCAGCGCGGCGCACGCAGUGGCUGCUGAGCGCCCUGGCGCACCACUACGGGCUGGACCGAGGCGUGGAGAACGAGAUCGUGGUGCUGGCCACGGGCCUGGACCAGUAUCUGCAGGAGGUCUUCCACCACCUGGACUGCCGAGGCGCCGGCCGCCUGCCCCGCGCCGACUUCCGCGCGCUCUGCGCGGUGCUGGGGCUGCGCGCCGAGGAGGCUGCCGCCACCUGGGAGGCCGCCGGGGAUACAGCCGCGGGAGACACGAACUCCGGGGACGUGAUCACUGGGUUGGCCACCGAUGGGGAGGCGGAUGCGGAGGAGGAAGCGCGCCUGGCACUGCGCGCCGAGCCGCCUGAGCUCACCUUCCGCCAGUUCCACGCGCGCCUCUGCGGCUACUUCGGCACCCGCGCCGGGCCCCGUCUGCCCCGCGGCGCUCUCAGCGAGCACAUCGAGACGCAGAUCCGCCUGCGCCGUCCGCGCCGCCGCCGCCGAGCGCCCCGUACGCCCGGCCCCGACGGCGGCCCGGACAGCGAACGCCUGGCGCGCUUGGAGGAAGAAAACAGCAGCCUGCGCGAGCUGGUAGAGGACCUGCGGGCCGCGCUGCAGAGCAGUGACGCGCGCUGCCUAGCACUGCAGGUCGGCCUCUGGAAGCGCCAGGCGGGCGCCCAGGAGGCGGCGCACGGCGGGCCCGAGAUGGCGGCGGCGCGGGAGCUGCGGCAGGCGCGGGGCGCGCUGGCGGCAGCCGAGGCCCGCGCGGGGCGCCUGCGCCGGGGCCAGGCCGAGGUGCGGCGGCGCGCGGAGGAGGCCCGGCAGGCAGUGCUGCGCAGCCUGGCGCGCGUGCGCGAGCUCGAGGCGCUGGCGCGGCAGGUGCCCGGCCUGCAACGCUGGGUGCGGCGGCUGGAGGGCGAGCUGCGGCGCUACAGGUCAGAGGACAGACACCUCCCAACCUCACCACGAGCCAGCCCAGAGCCACAAGCCAAGAGUGGUGAACCUGAGGAUGGUAGGACCAGAGGCCCAGACCUCCCUCCAGAGGGAGCCUGGGGCUCCGACAGCAGCUCGGGGAGCAGACCCCUGCACGAAGCCCGUGCUUCUCCAGCAGCGGACGAGCAGCUGUUCCGCUCGGUCGAGGGCCAGGCCGCCUCUGACGAGGAGGACGACCAUGAGAAGUGGCAAGAGGACCAGGGGCCACCGGCUGAGGUCAAGGCCCUGCUGGCCGGCCUCUCCAGCUGCGGGAGUGGGUGCGUGUGCCGGUGUGACGACCAGACAGCCAAGAAGCUCAUGACCUACUUCACCCACUUUGGCAGUGCCGACCAUGUCCGUGCCCUGGGGGAGCUGGAGCAGCUGGGGACGCAGGGCUGCAGUGGGAAGACCCUGGGGACACCAGGGGAGGAGGCAGAGCUGCAGCAGAAGGUGGACGAGAAUGAGCACCUGAGGCUGGAGCUGCAGAUGGUGGAGACAGAGAGGGUGCGGCUGUCCCUGCUGGAGGAGAAGCUGGAGGACGUGCUGCAGCUCCUACAGAGGCUCCGGGACCUGAACAUAUCGAAAAGAGCCCUGGGGAAGAUUUUGCUGAGCACACUGGACGCUUGCAGGGACCCUGCACAUGAGGGGACGUCUGGCCCCUCAGCCACGCUGGAUGCCCUGCACCGAGCUCUGGCUGGCUGUGAGCUCCUGCGUAGAGAGCCCUUGGCACCAGCCUCUGCAGCUCCAGCACUCAGCAACUCCCUCCUCAUCUCCUGCUGA